GCAUAUGGCAAGACCAUCAUUGCUGAGCCAGUGUACGGCAAGUCGCUCAUCGCUGAACCAGUUUACGGCAAGACCCUGAUUGCUGAGCCAACUUACGCCAAAACCAUCGUGUCGGAGCCAUUCUACAACAAGGAUAUCUACGCUCAGCCCGUCUAUCCAGGCAAGGCUCUGAUCGCUGAGCCAGUGUACGGCAAGAGUAUCAUUGCGCAACCAGCCCCGGUCUACGGUGGAAAGGUCCUGUCCUAUGCCCCGAAUCUGGCUUACGGUGGAAUCGCUACCCACGGAUGGUAA